AUGGCUACCUCAGCAUUCUGGCUGGCUAGGAAGAUAUUUUCCUUCAAGUGGAGCAAGUGGAUAGGGCUUGUUUGUUUCCGGCCACUAGUGGUCUCCUCUCCUAAUAUUCGCCAGAAUAAACUAAUCCAUAAACUACAGGAGGAAAAGGCUUUUCGGAGUGAAAUGAAAAAUUUCCAUGAGAAAAUAGUAGACUUCAGGAAAGAGCUGUGGAACUUCCGAGGCAAAAUUUGUGCCUUCCGAGGCCAGAUCUCGGGCUUUUGGGAAGAGGAGAGACCUUUCUGGGAAGAGGAGAAAAUCUUCUGGAAAGAAGAAAAAACCUUCUGGGAAAUGGAAAAAUGUUUCCGGGAAGAAGAGACAAUCUUUUGGAAAAAAUACCACACUUUCUGGAAGGAAGAUAAGGCCUUCUGGAAAGAGGACCAUGCCCUCUGGGAACGAAACCGGAAUCUUCUUCAAGAGGACAAGGCACUGUGGGAAGAAGAAAAAGCCCUGUGGGGAGAGGAACGAGCCCUCCUUGAGGAGGAGAAGGCCCUGUGGGAGGAUAAGAAGUCCCUAUGGGAGGAAGAGAAUGCCCUUUGGGAGGAAGAGAAAGCAUUGUGGGUGGAAGGAGGAGUUGGCAAUAUUGCUGAGGAACUGAUGCUGGAAGAUGGGCCCUACAAUGUCAAUGGAGGGCUGCGAUCAGCAGCCCUCUCCCGAGGUAGGGCAUAA